ACAGCGAAACGUACUGCAGAAGCGGUUGUUUGAUGCCGAACGCGAACGCGGAGGUUUGAACAGCUGACCACGGAGAAGUGGCAAGCGAACGGUUUACAGUGCUUUAUUCCGCGUUUCACAGAGCAAUUUGAACAGAGAUUUUACUGCAACUACAACAAAGGUGAAGCAAUUGUGCAAAGUGUUCAUGCAAUAAACAGUGUGUUUAAGGAGCUCUUAAACUAAGCCACAUUUUCGGGCAUAAGUGAACAGUGCCGCAUUAACGGGUCGCGUAUUUGGGCGCUAAAAUAAAAAUAGAACCAAAAAAAAAAAAACAGUUGCAACCAACGAUAAACUAAACACGCUGUCAAUAAUUGCUAGUUAGUUGCAAGGGAGACCAUGAAACGGUAAAUCGAAAAUACGCAUACAGACAUACACCGAUAAGUGGCAGUUCGAAAUCAACUAUAUCGACAGGUCAACGCAUAAAUGCCGAAAAGUGGGUGAUGCCUUGAAAGAAGCGCUUUUGGAAGCGAAACACAUAAAACGAAUAUACAUAUGAACACAAGAACAGUAUUAAGCAGCGAUUUCCUUUUCCUUUAAGUCAAGCAACAAGAACAUUCGAACGAAACUGGAUCGUGCAGAAUUGAUCAGACUCGUGCAGACAGACGCUUACAACUAGUAGCAGAGCAAUAACAAGUGUGGCAUAAUAACAACAAAUACACACAGCGUAGAAAAGUGCAACAUUCGUUUUUACUUUCAAAAGUAAGAUACUAAGCUAAAACAAACAUAUCUAAACUCGACGAUAACAACAACAAAUCGUAAAUAUGUCAACCGGCCGUUGUGAUUGUCUGGUGAGCGUGCCAACCGGUCCCACAUUAGCAUCUACGUGUGGCGGCAGCGCGUUCAUGCUCUUCAUGGGUCUGCUAGAGGUGUUCAUACGUUCGCAAUGCGAUCUCGAGGAUCCCUGCGGCCGUGCCACGCCAAGGUUUCGUUCGGAGCCAGAUUAUGACUAUGAUUUUAUUGUGAUUGGUGGCGGUUCAGCUGGUGCGGUUGUAGCCUCGCGUCUCUCAGAGGUACCGCAAUGGAAAGUGUUGCUCAUCGAGGCGGGCGGAGAUGAACCGGUCGGUGCGCAAAUACCUUCGAUGUUCUUGAAUUUCAUUGGCAGCAAUAUUGAUUGGCGCUACACUACUGAGCCGGAAAGUAGCGCCUGUUUGGGUUCGGAAGGACGGCGUUGUACUUGGCCGCGUGGCAAGGUCUUGGGCGGUACAUCGGUACUGAACGGCAUGAUGUACAUACGUGGCAAUCCCGAGGACUACGACAAUUGGGCUGCAUUGGGCAAUCCCGGUUGGUCAUAUGAGGAUGUACUACCGUUCUUUAUGAAAUCAGAGGACAAUCUGCAAUUAGAUGAAGUGGAUAAGAGUUUGCAUGCGAAGGGUGGAUCGCUACCAGUUUCACAUUUCCCUUACAAUCCACCAUUAGCGUAUGCGAUAUUGAAGGGCGGCGAGGAGAUGGGCUACGCGGUCCAAGAUUUGAACGGUCGCAACUCCACCGGUUUUAUGAUUGCCCAGAUGACAGCACGCAACGGCAUUCGCUGGAGUUCGGCGCGUUCGUUUCUACGUCCGGCACGUAAUCGCAACAAUCUGCACAUUCUACUCAACACCACCGCCUCGAAGGUACUCUUCAAACCCGACAGUAAAACAGUGGUUGGCGUAGAAGUGAUCGAUCAGUACGGCAGCUCACGUAAAAUAUUCGCUAAAAAGGAAGUGAUCGUCAGCGGUGGAGCGGUGAAUUCACCACAAAUACUGCUGCUCAGCGGUAUCGGACCAUCUGAUGAGCUUACAAAGGUCAAUGUACGCCCCAUACACAAUCUACCCGGUGUCGGCAAGAAUUUACAUAAUCACGUCGCCUACUUCACCAACUUCUUCAUCGAUGAUACAGAUACGGCGCCGCUGAAUUGGGCCACUGCCAUGGAAUAUUUACUCUUUCGCGAUGGUCUCAUGUCCGGCACCGGCAUUUCGGAUGUCACCGCCAAAGUGCAUACACGCUACGCCGACGAACCGAAUGUGCCCGAUUUGCAACUUUACUUCAGCGGUUACACGGCUAGUUGUUCGCGCACUGGUCAAGUGGGCGAACUACUGUCCAACAACAUGCGUUCCAUACAGAUUUUCCCCGCAGUGUUGCAUCCCAAAUCACGUGGUUCCAUCACGCUCGCGUCCACCGAUCCGCUGGCACCGCCACGCAUCAUCGCUAAUUAUCUAACUGAUGAACGCGAUGUGAAAACACUCAUAGAAGGUAUUAAAUUCGCCAUAAAAUUAUCGCAAACAGCACCGCUCAAGCAGUAUGGCAUGCGAGUGGACAAGACACUGGCAACGGGCUGCGAGUCGUUAACUUUCGGCACGGAUGCAUACUGGGAAUGCGCAGUACGACGCGACACUGGACCGGAAAAUCAUCAAGCCGGUUCUUGUAAAAUGGGUCCCGCCAGCGAUCCAAUGGCGGUGGUGGAUCAUGAGUUGCGCGUACAUGGCGUACGGGGAUUGCGCGUCAUGGAUACGUCUAUUAUGCCACAAGUGACAUCUGGGAACACGCAUGCGCCAGCGGUUAUGAUCGCCGAGAAGGGUGCGUAUAUGGUGAAACGAGCAUGGGGUGCCAAAGUUUGACGGCUGGACGCAACGUGGACGCUGCAUAGAGUAAUUUAAAAGAAAAAUUUCGAUAAAGCAUAUAUAAAAAAAAUUUAAAACCAAUUCAAAAAAAAAAGAAAAUUAGAAAACAAAAUGAUAUUAUUAAAGUAUUUUAAUAUUAAAAUUAUAUAUUUAUUAGUUAAAACACUAUUAUUCCAAAACUUAAAAUUACCAUUUCCUGGCACAUUAGUUAACUCAAUCUAUCCAGUUUUCGACCUAACCUAAAAACUAUUUCGUGAAUCACGCACAACUCUCUGCCGCGCUUCAUCGUUGCCUGACCUUAUUCAAUACACUCUCCUACAUACUUAAGCCUUCAACUCAUCUUAACUACGCCUUAAUAGUUAGCAUAACUCCUCGCUUCAAAACCAACCAAUUGCACUAGUAUAAAUUUUCAUUAAAA